UUCUGUAUAUUACAUGUAUAAUUUUUUUGUCAGAGCACCUCAUGACAUGGCAGUAGCAACACGGCAGAUGGGAGACAGUGAAGAUAGUAUCCUCCAGGGACUUCUUGUCUACUUCUCUAAGUUCAAUUAUGACAAGGCCAAGGAACAAGCUGAAAAGGAGCGUGACUUGAGUAGAUUUAGUGGAUCUACUGUUUGGCACUCCCUGCUCUCCUGUGUGGCUCAGUUAGCUGCUGUCGAAAAGCUCUACAUGAAUCUGUCAUUCCUUACAGCAAAGGGAUUUUUGAGGAAGGAGAGCUCUGUCCGUGCAAGCUAUGAGUCUCUUAACCUUGAGCUCAAUGACCUUGGCUACGAAAGAAGGAGAUGCAUGGGAGCUAAUGGAAAUCCUCCCACAUCAGGCAGUGGAAAUCUGGGAAGCCCUGGUUGUGAUGGCAUUUUGCGACACCUAUGCUCUCACCUGGUCUUGUUCAUCAAGGCGAGGCUGCAGAUGAUUUCGUUUUAUGAAAGGCUAUUGGAAGCAUCUAUGAGUCGCAUGAUGAACUUUGAGGACCUCCUAGCAAAUGUAACAGAAAUAGGUGUUAAGAACAGCAGAAACUUUCACCAUCCAAUUCUUACUCCAAUCAAAACAAACUUCACGUAUGAGUGUGAUAUAUUAAUACAUUUACUGAGGAGUCAAUUGGAAAUGCAGCAUUGGCGGUUCCUGCCGUCAUUGAUUCACCUUCAUGAUGCUCACUCAAAGUUAAACAGCUGGCACAGUGCCAUCCAACCUAAGGAGACAAAGAAAUAUGGCUUUGGUUCAAAUUUCCUCAAGUCAUCUCCCCUUCCUGCUUUGUACCAGUGGCUGUGGCAGGCUAAAGCAGCCUUUGUUUCAAAGUUUUCCCUGUACUUUCAUGAGACUUUAGCAACACAAAGUUCUCCAGCAGAGAUGAAGGCCUUGAUCUCCAGACAGGGACAAGCCUGUGACUAUGUUUCCAAAAUUCAAAGUUUUCAGAGAAAAAGUGAUGCUGUUAGUGUGUGUUUGGUGUUUGAGGCAGCAGGAAUAGAUGAUUACCGGGGUGCUGGCUAUCAUCAUCCACAGGAGUCAGUGUCAACUCCUAAGGGUCUUGACAGCUAUCCUGCAAUCUUCUCUUACCCAAAUAAUAAGGCUCAGGACCGAUGGCCCAGCAUUGUGAUGAGAAUCAAUGACCGUGCCAAUGAGCUCACUCUUCUGGAUGGGGUUGUGUGCUUCUUUGACCAGCAGGUUAGUCAUUUUAUCACAUUCAAUAUUCUAGAAGCUCAAAACCAUCUGUAAGAUAUCAUUGAAAGUUUCUAUAUGAAUUAACUAUUCCAAUGUCAGUGCCUAGAACAGAUGUUGUUUUAUCAUGACCAUGUUCAGUG